GCUUACGCGCAUAUUGGAGAAGGUUGUCAGAUCUUCGAAAGUCACAACCAAAGAGACCCGAAAGACAGAGAGGAAGAGACACAGAGAGGGUCCUCCGAUACCCUCUUCUUCAUCUUCUUCUCUCUCGUGAACGUCUCCGUGUUCCUUUCGAGAUCCUCUCUCGGUCUCUCUUCAAUUUGACGCAUCUUGGACAGGCUCUUCUCGGGACAGUCUUUGAUCGUCUUGGUUUGGUUACUUUCUGCAAAUAUUGCUAUUGGCAGUAAUAUGUCAGAAAAUGUUUCUGCAAAGGUCCAGGAUGGUAUAUAAUGGUGUCUGUUGUUGAGGUAACACAAUUAGCUUAGCAAGUGAUGUGCUUUGUAUAAUCACGAGGAAUAUGUGGAAUUUUACAUCCAGUGGCGAAUCUGGGAAUGUUAGAUUGAAGAAUAACUAUCUAAAGCAAACUCAGGGUGCUUCAGAAUGCUCAGAUGAUGAGCUUUCAUCUACUGUUAGUAGGGAGGAAGGUCUGGAGUGCCCAAUUUGCUGUGAAUCCUUCAAUAUUUGUGAAAAUGUACCCUAUGUGUUAUGGUGUGGCCAUACCCUGUGUAAAAAUUGCAUCUUUGGACUGCAAUGGGCUGUUGUGAAAUUUCCUACUCUACCAAUUCAGCUUCCGCUCUUUAUAUCCUGCCCAUGGUGCAAUGUAUUAUGCUUUCGUCUGGUAUACAAAGGGAACCUCAGGUUCCCUAGGAAGAAUUACUUUUUACUUUGGAUGGUUGAGAGCAUGAAUGGUGAUAGACUGAAGUCUCAUGAUGGCUUAUGUGAAGACCACCACCAUCCCAAUUGGACAUCAAGCUGCAGUUUAGCCCCGGGAAUUCAGGUGAGCCAUGGUAAUGUUAGGAGGGGACGGCACAUUCGUAAUCCGGAGCCAUCAGUUCCAAACCACAAUGGAAGUCAUGCCGCUUAUAUCAAUGCUGAAAGACUCCAUGCUUCGCUUCGGAAGUCCCUGGUUUUCUUUGUUCAUCUGACAGCAAAGUUUCCAUUGGUCCUCAUAUUUAUUCUGAUCGUCCUAUAUGCAAUACCUGCCAGUGCAGCCAUCUUGGCCCUGUACUUUCUUGUCACAGUUCUUUUUGCUUUUCCAUCAUUUCUUAUACUGUAUUUUGCAUUUCCUAGUUUGGAUUGGCUUGUGAGGGAAAUCAUAACGUGAGAUUGGUGUUAGGUUCUUUGUUUGUAAGCACUGUGAAUAGAAGUUUGCAAUAAGCACCUCAAUUGAAAUAUGCAUUGGCUGAAACUCCAACUCUGUUAUUUCAUGAGUUCCCAAGGUUUUAAUGGUACUGACGCUUUGGAUUCCGAGUUGCCGGAUCUUACUUUUU